AUGACACACACAGUCAGGGUCUCAGCAAAGUUCCACCAAGUGAGAAGAGUGAUGACCAUCCUUUUCCUUACUAUGGUUAUCUCAUACUUCAGUUGUAUGAAAGCUGCCCCUAUGAAAGAAGCUAGUGUAAGAGGACAAGGCAGCUUGGCUUACCCAGGUCUUCGGACCCACGGGACUCUUGAGAGCCUAAAUGGGCCCAAUGCUGGUUCAAGAGGACUGACAUCGCUGGCAGACACUUUUGAACACGUCAUAGAGGAGCUUCUCGACGAGGACCAGGACAUCCAUCCCAGUGAGGAAAACAAGGAUGCAGACUUGUACACAUCUCGAGUCAUGCUAAGCAGUCAAGUGCCUUUGGAACCCCCGCUGCUCUUUCUGCUCGAGGAGUACAAAAACUACUUGGAUGCUGCAAACAUGUCCAUGAGGGUCCGGCGCCACUCUGACCCAGCUCGCCGCGGGGAACUGAGCGUAUGUGACAGCACCAGCGAGUGGGUGACGGCAGCAGAGAAAAAGACUGCAGUGGACAUGUCCGGGGCGACCGUCACCGUCCUGGAGAAAGUCCCGGUGCCCAAAGGCCAACUGAAGCAAUACUUCUACGAGACCAAAUGCAACCCCAAGGGGUACACAAAGGAGGGCUGCAGGGGCAUAGACAAGAGGCACUGGAACUCCCAGUGCCGAACUACCCAGUCUUACGUGAGAGCUCUCACCAUGGAUAAUAAAAAGAGAGUCGGCUGGCGCUUUAUAAGGAUAGACACUUCCUGUGUAUGUACAUUAACCAUUAAAAGGGGAAGAUAG